AUGCUUGAGCUUGUAUCAAUCGGAGGUCUUUCUCAUAUGAACAUCUUCAUCAACGCUCUCCUCGCCAAAUAUGACAAAUUUAGUGGAAUCAAGAAGUAUGGACCACCUGAAUAUAAAAAAUGGUUUGCUGGCUACGAUGCCAUUGUCGAGAUUGCAAGCUACCUAGGUAUUGAUGUGAUCGAAACGUAUCUCCAAGACCCCGAUGUCAAGUUUAUCCUCACUGAAAGAGAUCCCGACAAGUGGAUCCAAUCAAUGAAUUCGUCAAUAGGGGAAUUGAUCAAGGAUGUCGACACGUUCCCACUUGCCGUUUUGAAACGAUUCGAGUAUUGGGCUAAUCGCUUCUUCUACCUGAAUCAAUUGAUGUACUGGGUUUUCAGCAAUGGCAAGAGCCCAGAGGACAAGAACUCACAUGCCGACAUGAGACAAAACUACAUACAAUAG